AUGACUCGCAAAAGAAAAAGCAAUGUUAUUACAGGAAGUAACUGUCAGAAUAAGGUUGAUUCGUAUGGGUCAAGUUUGGUUAGCAUUGGAGGGAACACCGUUUAUCAAAACCAGUUCAUGAAAGAUUUUGAGUCGCGGUAUGGCCCAGUGGAACAUUCUCCCAGGAAGAAAAAAGUCGAACGGCGAUUCAGACCAUCUUCAGAACAAGUACAUGAACUAGAUGUGCAGUGUAAAGAAAUUGAGAAACUGGAGGACACUGCUGAGUAUCCUUCAGAAAUUGUAGAGUACAUGAAACAAGUUCUCGGCAUUUUAGAAAGUGAUCCAUCUAUAUCAGGUGGUUUGCGUGAAAAAUGUCUCAAUGAGUGCCAAGGUUUUGAAAUUUCCUUACUUAUGUAUGAUGCAUCAUCCCGUCUAGUUGGUGAAAUAUUCACCGGUUAUCGCAAUGCUGCCAAGCAGUGGUUUCUUAAAAUUCUUCAGUCCAGUUCCGAAAUUGUGAUGCAGCUCCUUUGUAUGCCCUCAGCAUGUCGUACAUUUGAAACUUUGCUUUAUUCUUUAUCUUACGAUGAAGAUAUGGAGAUAGUUCAGCUUCUGGCAGAUAUAAUUAUCGGAAACUGGUGGCAGCUGAUAAGCGACAAAAAUGCUUGUUAUUUUAUUCGAUCUCUAACUUACCACCUUAUUGGUGUAAAAAGAAAAAAGAUGUCAAGAAAAGGAAGUUUUCCAGACAAAGAUAUUUAUUCUUUAGACCUGUCUAAAAUUAAUCCGAUCGCUAAAGAAAUCUUCAAGCGAAUUGCUAGUGUGGCUUUAGAUUACAUUUCAAUGAAAGAUUUGUUAGAUGAGGAAUCUGUUUCCUUGGUAUUGCAAGAUGUUGUUGAAUGUAACUCAGUUUUCCGAACAGAGCAUCUUCAAAAUUUUAUUGAAGCAGGCUGUAAAGAUUCGAUGUUAAUUUUACAACAGUGGAAAGGAAAGCAAGCAUCUCAUUUAUGGGAAAUUAUAGUGCAGAAGACAAAUGAAGAUUUACGCCAAAAAUUAUAUCAUUCAGUGUUGAACAGUAAGUUGUUUGAUCUUUCUAUUCAUGGUUUCGCCAAUUUUCCAGUGCAAAAAUAUAUCAUGUCGGCCAAAUCAGACGAAUUGAUUGCUGAUAUUAGUGAUGAAUUAAUGAAUCACUUUGAAGACAUCUGCGCCAGUUGUAAAUGGGGAGUUAUUAUUGCUUUGGUUAACAAAGCUUGUAAUAGGAUUGAAGUAAAUGUUGUGAAAAUGUUGAGAAGUUAUUUCAAAUGUGGUUCCAAAUCAGCAAGAUUGACUUUUGUACCUAAUGUGUUCACUCUCAAUACGGAAGCACUUUCGGAUUUCAAUGACACAAGAACUUUCGACGUCUCUAAAGGACAGCUGUAUGGAUCUCUUAUACUUCAAGAGCUGGUUCAGUUUGAACAUAACAAAACAGUGGUAUUAUCUCUGAAAUCGCUGUCUAGCACAACAAUUUUAGAACUAGCGGGAAACCAAAAAGGCAGCUUCUUAUUGCAAGCCGUGUUCCGCUCUUCCACUAUAUUACGAGCAGAUAAAGAACUACUUGCAGAACCUUUGAAAUUCAGUUCUUACAAUUUGCUCUCUACAAAAUUUCGUUUACAGCAAAAGUGGUAUGAAGUAUUGAGUGGUAAUGUAUCGAGUCAUAUAUUUGAUGUCUUGUGGGAUUGCCUCUACAGUACACAAGAAAAAGAGAAAUUGAUGGACGCUUUAUCAAGGACAACGCUCAAAAGUACCAGGACGUUACGUCUUAUGUGUACGAAAUUGGAUUUACGCGGAUUCAGAGAACAACGGAAAAAAUGGCUAGAAAAUGCAAAAACCGUAAAACCCAAAAAGUGA